AAUGGAAAACAGAGAAUAAGAUGUUCCAGCAAAAGAAAACCCAAUUGCUGAAGUAAGAUUAGAACAGAAAUUAAAUGAAAUAGAAGAAGUUGGGGAAAAGGGUAUAAAUGAGAUUGAGAAAUACUACAAAAUAACAGGAUCUCCAAUAAACAAUGCAAUUAUUGUUUAGAUUUUUAUAUGUGCUCUUGCUUCAGGAAGCACAGCUCUUGUGAAUUCUUUAGGUCCAGUUCGUUGGUUGAUUAGCUUAAUACCUGUGUUUAACCUAUUAAAUUUCAUUAUCUAUGCUGUUUUCUUAGCAUUUUUAUAGUUUGGAAGUCCAUUUUUCAAAAAGGUAUAUACAUUUUAUUAAUAUAAUAUAGAAACCAUGGAACUUCUUAUUUUUUAGUAUUCACUUUAUUGGUAAGUUUUCAUUCAUGGUAUUCUAUGGUGUAAACUAUCCAUUAAGUAAAUUUGAAGUAUUUUAUUUCCUUUGUGUAUUUGGUUACCUCUAUGUUUUAGCUUUGGUUAGAAAUAGAGAUGCAGGAUUAAAUGGAGUAGAUUUUACAAUUAAAGGAAACUUUUUCUAACUAGCCGGUCUUGGAAUAUUUUUGGGUUUCUUUUUGGUAUUCUUUAAUAUUUGACUGUUAGGCACUUCUUACUUAAGCAGGAUUUUGGCCAAUGAUUUGGUAACCAGUUUUAGGAGUACUAUAUUUCCUAUACCUUUUACUUGAAGUUUAGAGAUUCGAUGGAAGUCUUGAAUAUUUAAGAGAAGGAAAAAAUGCAUUAUUUUUGGGAGCAGCUCAAAUUGAUGCAGAUUUAUUAUGGUUUUGUCCUUUGGCUCUAUUUCACAUUAAAUCAAAAGGUGAUAAUAUAGUAAAUAAAGCAUAAGAAUAAUUUGAAGGAGCUAAGGAAGAAACUAAGAAGUUGAUUAAUUCUGAAUAGAAUGUAUGA